ACACUUGUCUGUCUCCAUUAAGGAAUAACAUGACCAUCUCUCAGCCAGACGCAGGGGUUUUGUGACGUUCCAUAGAAGUGUUUGGCGAAGAUACAGGAGAGAUGCUGCUCUCUUUAGCCUGGCCUGUCCAUCAGCUGGCCUUGUUGUAGCCAGAACCGUGUACCAAAGGUCUGUUUUGGGAAAGAGAUGACUGAUUGCUGAAUGAAUGUUUAACCCACUGUGCCAAUGGGGAUGCCAGUGUCUGUGUACAUGGAGAGGUGAAGGACCUGAUAGGUUAGUUUGAUUGUGGGUUCACAAAACACAAAGAGAGAGGUGCAAUAUACUGAGCAGUAGAGAGUGGAGGAAAGAGAGAGGGAAAAAAGACAAAAGUCAGGAUUGAGACUAGAGUAGAACAAGAAUUGAGAGAGAGAACAUCAUUGAGAGAGAGAGAACAUCAUUGAGAGUGUAACACUCCAUCUGGAGGGUUUGAAGAGUGGCUACCGAGUGUUAUGGUGAGGAACAUGGAUUCAAUCAAGUCACCAGUCAGUCGGAAGGUCAGUCUUUGCUAACCAGUGUGUGUCAGAGAGAGAGAGAGAGAGAGAGAGACUGGGUGUGAGUAAGGAGUUACCACAGGAUUGGAACUGGUUCUAUGGCAAGUUACAGUCAAAGAGAGAGCAGCGAGCUUAGAGGAUUGUAACAGGCAACAGUACCGUAAUAGCAAUCGUGUUUGUAGUAGAAGAGAGUGCAGUGUGUGUGUUAGUGUGGGGAAGGAGGACCAGUGAGAGUGUAUGAGUUAAAAGGACGGAGAGCUGGAGUUAACUGAAACAGCAGCAAGAAGGUAUAUCAUUAUCAUCAUCAGUCCACCACAGCCAUGGCGUCAGCUGCUCUAGAACUGAUGGGCUUCAUCAUGGGUCUGCUAGGCAUGCUGGGUACCCUGGUGUCCACAGUGCUUCCCCACUGGCGGACAUCUGCCCACAUCGGGCCCAACAUCAUCACUAGCGUGACCAAUAUGAAGGGCCUCUGGAUGGAGUGUGUCUACCAGAGCACCGGAGCCUUCCAGUGUGAGACCUACAACUCCAUGCUGGCCUUACACUCAGACCUCCAGGCCUCCCGGGCCCUGAUGGUGGUCUCCGUGGUCUUUUCCGUCCUGGCCAUCAUCAUCUCCACCGUGGGCAUGCAGUGUACCAUCUGCAUGGAGGGCUCCGAGGCUAAAGGCCGAGUGGCCGGUACUGGGGGAGGCCUCUUCCUCACCGCAGGGUUCCUGGCUCUGAUCCCGGUGUCGUGGACCACCCACGAGGUUGUCCAGACCUUCUACCAAGCCAACCUGCCCAACAGCCUGAAGUACGAGCUGGGGGACUGUCUGUACGUGGGGCUGGCCGCCGCCCUGCUCUCCAUGCUGGGCGGGGGGCUGCUGUGUGUCUCCUGCUGUGAGAAGGCGGAUGGGGGGCGCCGUGGAGGGAGGAGACACGGUGGAGGGUACCCCUACCCAGCCCCGGGCAUGGGGGUAGCCACUGGGAGGGCCAGGACCAGCUCACAGACGUAUAGGAACCCAACGCUACAGAUGGGGGUGAACGCUGCCACCAAGGCAGCGACCCUGGCAAGAAGUCACACCAGCACUACUACCCAGUCCAGCACCCCCGCCCAGGGGGCCAAGAAAGACCCACGUCGCAACCCUGCAGUGGGCUACGAUGUCACCGGGUACGUCUGAUCGUGUUCAGGCCAAUGUUAACAUUCACACACACAUCACGCUGUCUCUUCUAUACAGUAUGUGGUGCAGAGAAUGACCACCCCAACAACAUGCUAAGGUAACUGACUGUGUUAUCAUUUACAAUUAACUGCUCCUCACAAUGGAACUCAGAGAGACUUGUAGUGCUUGACCAUGCAUACAGUACUGUAGUGACUGAACGAACUGAGCAUGUUUUAUAGUUGAUUUACUAUUGAAAAUGGAUUUAUUGCAGUAACAUCUGUCUUGAUGUGAUUACUCUGAAGUGUUUGCUCCAUCUGGAGAUAAGGUCUCUUGAAAGUAAACACACACUCAGUAAUCACACACAGCUAAUGUACCCCAGUGACCUCGCACUGCAGGCUGUGCCAGCCUCUUCAGUAAGGUCCACCAACAGCGAUACUGUAUCACUCAACCAAAUAGGUUUUUAGGACACACUUUCUUUUAUGCCUUUUCACCCUAGAGUCGAUGUCCACGGCCACGCGGAAAUCGAAAUGGGCAUAAUAAAAAAAUCCCCAUCAAAAUCUGUCUGUUUAAGCUAGAGAUAUCUGCAUGGACUGUGUGUCAAUCCAGCACAUCCGCCGAUGUUGACCUUCCUCAUCUGCAGUGGAAGGUGGCCGAACUACAGCGGUGGUUGUCAGACCAUGAGACAUCCCGAAAAUCAGUGUUCUAAUGAAAACAUAUGUAGUGACUCUCACAAACACGAUGGUGUUCUCCGUUUUGCUCUACAACCCCCACAAGCGUCUUGGGACUCGUCUGAAGUCGGUACCGCCAAUCUGCCAACUUCUGUGUGUAGCGUCCCAACAGUUUGGGCUGCACACUAAUAUGACCCCUCUAUUUUUUUGCUCUACGACCCACACAAGCCUCGUCUGAAGGUAGCCCGGUAGCAGUUGAAAAAAUGAAUGGAAGUAUGUAAUGGUAGCUUAGUGCCCCAGAAAAUGUGUUAAAUAUUGCAAAAAAAUAUACAUUUGUAUAAUCAUUUCCUGAUCUGUCUUAUAUCUCUCAGAUACAGGACAGACACUUUAAAACAAACGUCCUUUUGAUAUUUUUUUCUGUUUUUCCAUGUAUGAAUCUGUUAUUCAAUGCAUUUCUAUGGGCUAAUAGCAGUAAAGCCAAAUUUAAUGUUUCAUAAAAAAAUGUAUAAAAUAAAUAUGUUUUUAUACCUAAAUGGGUCCUAAAAUUCAAAAUCAAAUAAUAAAUGAUCCUUGGUAUGACCAUCUUAAAACAAUUCCAUAUGUUAGCUUAGUAGAACCCCCCUCCCCACCCCAGACUCUGUGAAUUAAAAUCAUUGACAAAUGUUCAUUAUCAAUUACUAUGUUAGCUAAUCUCCUCUACAUGUUUCUUUUGAUUGAUAAUCAUUCAUGUGAAAGUUUAAAUGAUUUCUUCUGUUUCAUGUGAUUUAACACUACUGAUUUUGUUUUUUCAUCGUUUUUUCAUAUUAAGACCUGUUUACAAAUAAUUUCAACACUUUCUAACCAUAACUUCUAUUUUCCAAAGAUAUUUUGCAGUCAAAAUAGUUAAGAAAAAAGCAAGUGAUUUAACUAAAUAAAAUAUAUUUUGAUCUUCA